GGUUCGCAGGUGCUAUUGUGACUGGAACCUAUUUUGACCGCAUCUUUGUAAUCUGGUUCGAAAACCAAGAUUAUUCUAAAGCGAUAAAAAAUAGUUAUUUGACAAGCUUAUAUAAUAGUGCUGAAGGUGUUCUUCUUACCAACUAUCGCGCAGUUGCUCAUCCAUCUGAGCCCAAUUAUGUUGCCUCAAUCUUUGGUUCAACAGGUGGUAUCACAAACGAUGGAGAUUAUAAUCUCACAGGGUGUAAUAUUGUUGACCUUCUUGAGGCCAAAUCGAUCAGUUGGAAGGGUUACUUCGAGAACUAUACCUGCGGCGUUUGUUACACUGGUGAUUUUUGCCCCAGUGGCACUGAUCUUUAUGCAAGAAAGCAUAAUCCUUUUAUUACUAUGCAAGAUAUAAAUUCAAACUCUGCACGUUGCGCUAAAAUAGUAGAUUCAUCCCAACUUGAUAUUGACAUAAGUAAUAAUGCAGUACCACAAUUUGCUUAUUACGUGCCAAAUCAAAAUGACGACGGGCAUGAUACUUCCUUAGGCACUGCAAUGACUUGGUUCCAAGGCUGGUUUGAUGCGAGAAAGAAUAAUCCAAACUUUAGUUUGAACACAUUAUUUGUCAUUAUUUGGGAUGAAGCUGUAAGUGGAACAACAAAUCAAGUCGCCGCCGUUCUUUACGGUACUCCAGUCCAUCCACCAUCUACUCAUCAAGAUAAUACCGCUUAUACUCAUUAUUCAAUCAUGGCUACUACUGAGAAAAAUUGGAAUUUAGGAAAUUGUAAUAAAAGUGAUGUCACCGCGAAUGUGUUUAAUAACAUAGCACAUCCUUAA